AAACAACAAGUCUAUCAAGAUGUCGAGCAGCAAAUGCGUGAAACAGCCGCGUAAGGCGUACACCAAGGAACAGCAUGAGAUGACGCACUCCGAGAAGCUAAGGCUGAUUGAUGAUGAACUGAAUUCCUUUUACAAAUACUGCCAACAGGCGGGCUUCACUGAAGAGGAAAUGGACAUUAUAUGCCAGCCGCUCGUAGCAGCGAUGCGUCGCUCAUGGUUGCAACUCGUCUGUCGUGGCACUCUGGUGCUGAUAGUAUUGGGUACACUGGCGUGUCUUGCAGCUCAGUUGGACUUCGUUGGUACUCAUUUCACCGCCCUCAGCCGUCUGUUGCUGAUAAAAGUUUUGCCGAUCUGGAAUUGGCAGCCUCUUUAUUACGAAAACUGCAUGAUCAACAACCCCUUUUACAAUGAUUACACUAUCACGGAAGAGGAUUGCGUGACCUGCGAGGCGUUGGAGACGAUUGAUCGUUUAUCGGACGUUCGGUAUCGUAAUCUGGUUGAUAAUUACCUGAAUCGCGAUGCACCAGCCAUCAUCACCGACGCAAUGGACUCAUGGGCAGUCAUGAAUACAGAUUACUUCUGGUUUGAUAAUAUCACCCAUCUCUACUUGGAGAACGAGCGGCUGAUGGAGACGGUACCCUGCGCCCUGACCUCGAAUCUGCGUACUGGUUCGUCCGAUCUUGCGGCAUUUCUUCGACGCGUGCACGCUCCUGAGGUUGCUAAGUGGUUUGUCCAUUGGCAGAACUGUGACAUCAACGCUGUGAAGGUGCUUAGAAAGUACUAUCAACGACCGUACUUCCUCUCCAGCACAGUCUCGCCGGCGCAUUUCAACUGGGUGCUCAUGUCUUCGGAUUACAAUAGCCCGAGCUACAAGAAGGUCGAGCUCGACUCUGGUCUAAUCGCUCUCGCUCAGCUUCGUGGCGCGACUCAGUUGCGUCUCACUCCUAUAAAUCCCUGCAACAGUUCGUGCCCUGAGCUGAUCGCCGAUCUGCAUCAGGGCGAGAUGCUCGUUUUCACGAAUGUGAUGUGGACGCUCGAGUACGCACCGAUGCGUGGCCUGGACAACAUCGCUAUACUCACGGAGACCGUCUGGGAGGAAGACACGUAGAUUAUGUCGUCAACCUGAGGAGAUUGUUUUAUCGUCACGCAAAAUACUUUUAGUUCCACAAUACUCUCCAACGUGACAGCUAUAUAUCAAUUUGAUAUAUAUUGUGUAUUCAUACUCCAUUACGACAUAUUAAAUAAAAAUUGA